AUGGCGGAAGAAAACACUCAGGAGAUUUACUUAAGCAUUAGUUACCCCGACCUGAAUUUCCCUGGCUCAAAAGUCUUGCGAACCUCCGACGAUAUCAAAGCUCGGGAAAUGUUUCGAAUAGAAAGCGAUGAGAUCCAAGUUGAAGUCACCUUGGCACGCAUUGUGAGCACAACUCUUCCAGAACUACCCAAGGUUUUUUCAGUUUAUGGCUUGAUCCAGACUCUAGAUCAAAUUGAUUGUCAGCAACUAUUAGACUUCGAAGGGGAUUCACAGGAAAAUUGCCUGGUACGUUCACCAGAAAACAGAGGGACAAUAACAUUCUCAACGUCGGUAGCUAAGCUCGGCUCAAGGUCACUGAGAUGGGAAUCUGGCACCACAGGGAAAUCGAAGUUGAGGUACACCAGGCCCCGAUCUGCCCGCAUCAGAGGAAGUGAACUAAGCCGAGGAGGUGUGAAGAUGUGGAUCUACAAAGAGACUCCCUCACCCGGAAGGAGCAUGCAAGUUAGAUUUAGAGAUACUGCUCGGAACAACCAAGUUGGAUCAUUUGAUAUUAAAUUGGGAUUUAAGGGAUGGCGAGGAAUAUGGGUGUCCUAUGGAGAAUGCAAACGUUACUCUCAUAGCCUCGACUCCCCCGCUGCAAUUUAUAGAGUCGAUUUUGUUUUGGGACAUCAUGACACAGUUCAUAUCGAUAUGCUUGAAUUCGUGGGAGGAAUGUCGAUGCAGUCUCGCGAUAAAAUAGUUCCACCUUUCACAAGAUUCGGCUCACGAUACGACUCGAGCAACUUCUGGCAGCAAAGCUACCGUUGGAGUCAGCGAGCUCCGACUGCCCUUCCGGAAACGGUGGUUGCUUCAAAGUCCUUGAGUCUCACUCACACCGAAAGUCGCUUGAAAAACUGGUAUUGCGAUGAGAGGGAAACCACCUAUGACUUCUCUGGAGAAGCCAAGAAGCGUUGGGAUAAACUGGUGAGGAGCAUUGACGCUGCAUAUCUGGAAUACGAUAGACUUUUAUUUAGGACGCUAGACUCAGGGAAGAAAGUCAUAGCCGGGCCUCCUUUGUUUUGUCGUGGUUGUGACAGGGGAACACGAGCGUAUUCCAAGAAAGAUCCAACAAGAAAGUUCAGCUUCGUCCAAAUGCGUAUCAUUCUUCCUUUGGCGAUAGAGUUUUAUCUUAAAUCCCGCGCCGAAGAAGUUUCCCGAACUGUGAAAGAAGAAACUCCUGAACUAAGUUCUACUAACAAAGUCGAUGUGGACAGUGCCAUUGAAAGGAUUUGUGGAAAAGACGCAAACAGGCAGAAAGAGUUCCGCGAUUACCUUGAAAGUUUGACGAAACCUUACACAAAGGACCAAAUACGCAAAAUAUUGAAUGACGAAAAUAAAAAACGCCUUGAGAGAAUAAUCAAACUGCUUGACUACAUUGAAGACCAAGGAUGGGCUGAUGGAAGUGCAAUAGGCUCCCUGGAUCAUGAAAUGAACCGUGGUGGUGCUGGGUACAUGCACACUCUUUUCUUGCUGAAAGACACUUUGCACGGGGACGCUAAAUACAGAUCAAGACUUUUAAACCUAAUAAACGCUGCCAAGUGGUUCAAUGAUUUUGGUGAAGUUUACCAAUCGACGUUCGAGUUUAGCGGAACUACGGCUGACAGAAUGAUUACAAUAAUGUUGUUUCGGCUCAUGAUUGUGUUGAUAAUGCCUGCUAAGUCGGAUAUGGAAAUAAAGGAAAGGCAGAGGGAUAUGGAUGCUUUGAAAAGGUGGAUGGAUAACGCCCUGAGUAUUAACAAAGCCUUCGGUGGAGUCAUUAAACCUGAUUAUACUGGCUUUCAUCACAAGACAUUCUACGCAUCUGCGUAUGCCCCACACGCAUAUCAUACAGCUGCGCAAGUACAAUACCUCCUGGAAGGAACAGAUUUUGCUCUGUCAGAUGAGUCGAAACGAAAUUUACUGGAAGCCCUUGAAACAAUGAGGCUAGUAGCAGUUAAGUAUUCAACACCAAACAGUGUCGGAGGACGCAUUGUAGACUAUUCUAAAAAGAUUUUGGUAAAAAUUCUCCCAGCAUACGCUUACAUCAGUGUUUCUCAUCCAUCUGGGCCACUGGCAUCAACCCCAGCCAAAGAAGUCACAGUUCCUGCUGUUAGGAACGUUGGAAUGUUUUUACGUUUGUACCAGCCCACCGACGAAUCUAUUAAAAUGUAUUUGGAAGAUGGAACGGUUAGCAGGGGAAAAUCAUAUAUGAACAGCCUUGGAUCACUGAAAAUUAUGUCGACCGUCUUUUCUAAAGGUACAUCUCCUGAGCCCUCCCCUGAAGGUCACUGGUCCAAGAACUUUGCUGCUCUCUCAAUUCAUCGUCGUAAAGACUGGGCAGUGACGAUAAAAGGCUUUAACCGGUUUGUCUGGGACUUUGAGGGAUCUACAAAGAUUAAAAAACCUGAAAAUGUUUAUGGUACCUAUCAGAGUCAUGGUUCAAUGUUGAUAGAAUGA